AUGGCAGGUGCCAAUACCCCAGUACUUAGCAACCUCCGCAUUUCAGCCUACGCCGAAACACGAAUGCUGACAUCAAUCUCUGUAAGACACUAUCUUCGACAAGGCAACCCAGCCGCUGUUAAUUCCACCAAUGAGCGAAUUCAUCCCUUUAUUGACCGCCGUUGGCUUACAGAUAGAUGA